AUGCAGCUGCCACCCGCGCUGCACUCCCGUCUGUUGGGGGCACCCGGGGCGGCUGAGCCGCUGCCUGUGGAGCGGGACCCCGCGGCCGGGGCCCCGCCCUUCCACUUCGCGGCGCGGCGGGUGCGCUUCCCGCGGGACCACGAGUUCUUCGAGGACGGGGAUGUGCAGCGACACCUCUACCUCCAGGACGUGCUCACGCAGGUGACAGGGUCGCCCGAGAGGCCCAGGGUGCCCGAGUUCACCUGCCAGGUGGCGGGGUGCUGCCAGGUGUUCGACUCGCUGGAGAACUACGAGCACCACUACCACACCCUGCACAGAAACGUCUGCUCCUUCUGCGGACGGGCCUUCCCGUCCGUCCACCUGCUGGACGUCCACAUUCUGGAGUGGCACGACUCGCUCUUCCAGAUCCUGUCGGAAAGGCAGGACAUGUACCAGUGCCUGGUGGAGGGCUGUGCGGAGAGGUUCAGGAGCGGCAGAGACAGAAAGGAGCACCUGGUGCGGCGGCACCUGUACCCGGCGGACUUCCGGUUCGAUAAACCGAAGAGGAGCAGAGGCCCAGCCACGCCCGGGGCCGCCGUCCAGGAGUCGGCAGAAGCUCUGGGGGAGGGCGAGGAGCAGUCAGGAGGGGACGCCAUGGAUGUCUGCCCUGAGCACGCAGACCCCCGCCCAGAACCUGUGGGCGAGCGGCGGACGUACGGCCACAGAAUACCUUCUACCAUCUGUUUCGGUCAAGGUGCGUCACGAGGAUUUAAAAACACCAAGAAAAGAAAGGAACACCAGUGACAACAUGGACAGAGAGCCACGGGCCUCUCAGCAGACCCCGGGGGGGCGGUUGCCUUUGGCAGGAUGCGGUGUCCGUGGUGCGGUUUCUCUCGCCUUCUGGUGUGGCCACCGUAGGACCUGGGCCUUUGCCACCCUCGAUGCCAGUCCCUCGAUGGACCAGUGUGUGACCGCAAAAGCAGUGACAGGCCCACCGUUUCCAGAAGUGGCCCCAGCACGUGGUCUAGGGAAUGAAAUUGGGGCCACCGUCCUGCCUCCCUCUGCAGGGCCAGGACGCUGUGCUUUGUAAACUCGUAAACCCUUGCCUCUGGCAGUC